AUAAUUUUUUGAAAAUGCGACUAAAAUGAAAAAAUGAUUACGAAUUUUUUAUAAUAAUUUACUUAUUUGAUUAUUUUUAUAGUUAUUUGUUGAAAAAUCUCGUUCAAUCGUGAUUACUUACUUCGUUGAAAACCCGCAUCGUGAUAUUAUUCUUGUAUAUAUAAGUUGUUUUUUAAAUUAAUUAUACUAUUUUUGUGAUGGAUUCCAGUAAACACGAAAUAUCCUCUAAGAAUGAUGACGAACUACACAAAGAAGAUGAUAUGGACCUUAGCGAUAUUCAGUCGGCUGAUAAAGUUAUAGCUACUCCUCUUCCAAUUCCCUCGGAUCAUCAUAAAUUACAAUAUCAGUAUUGGUUAUGGUUCAGUAAACGCUGGAAAGCGAAAAUAUCUAAUGUUUCGUAUGAUCAAAAUUUGAAACUUAUCGGUAAAUUUGGAUCGGUCGAGCAGUUUUGGGCGAUAUAUAGUCAUCUCGUAAGGCCAUCCGAAUUACCAUCUCAAUGUGAUUUCCAUUUGUUUAAACUCGGCAUUAAACCGAUGUGGGAAGAUGAAGCGAAUGCUAAAGGUGGGCAGUGGAUAGUAAGACUGAAAAAAGGCUUAGUGUCUCGUUGCUGGGAAAACUUGAUUCUCGCCAUGUUAGGUGAACAGUUCAUGGUAGGAGAUGAGCUUUGUGGCAGCGUAGUAUCUACUCGUUUGAAAGAAGACAUUAUAACCGUGUGGAAUAGAACAGCGUCCGAUUAUUCGACUACUACUCGAAUACGAGAUACGUUAAGAAGAAUUAUGAAUUUACCUCCGAAUACUGUUAUCGAAUAUAAAUCUCACGUAGAUAUUCUGAAACAUUUACCAGUGUCUCAUAAUUAGUUUACUGGCCGUAUUCGCUAAGUAUCCUACCAUAUCCAGUGUUCGAAAUCGAAGAAAACAUACGUGUUUUAUCACAUUUAUUUUGAACUUAUAAAAAUUAUACAAUGAACAGGUCACAAACAUUUCAUAUAAUUUUUAUACCACCUAUAAAAUUAUACACGAAUACAAAAAAAAUAAACCAUGUAAAAAAAACAUCCGUAAAUAAUUCAUAAAAAAUGAAAAAGAGAAAGUAUUUAUAGUAAGAGAUGCGAGCUGAAAAAUUUGUUUACCAUUUUCUUUUUUUGAAAACCAGCAUAUUUAUCUUGUUAUUAUUGAUUGCGUCGUAAAAAAAAAAUUCGAAUCAAAUCGCAAAUAGCCGAGUGAAAAUUAAUUUUCCACUAUGCAAAAGAAGAAUAUAUUGUAACAAAUAUAUAAGUUUUGUAUUUAAUUUUCUUUUCAACUUUUUUUUUCUCUUUUGAUUAUUUACAAUAAAGUGUUUCAUGAUU